ACAUCCCUCACCUGCCUCAGCUCCUCUCCUCCGACCCUGCUGCUCACAUCCUGUCUGAGAGGGAGAGGCAAAGGAGGAAGAGGCUCAACCUGAGGGAGUCAACUUUAACCCUUUUUAAUUCUUUUCUAACUUUUCAUUUAACCGUCGACUUUUUCUCCCCGUGUCCCGCAGGAGGCUGCAGAUCGCUUUUAAGAGCGCAAACCAAACAUUACUAUGAAGCGCGUGGGAGCUGAAGGGAAGGCGCGACUAAAGGGACGUUUCUAAUGAUCUUCUUACAGAGACUUUUGGUGACAUUUAAUUGAAAAAAAAUUCGACCGAGGCUAAAGCUCUAAAGUUUUAUUCAGCUGAAACGGUGAAGAACAUACAGAAUAUUAAUCCAGUGCCAAGUUUUGAUUGUCUGAACAGGAGGUAAGAAGUCCUUCGCAAGCGGUGGAUUAACGCGCAAGUAGAAAAAAAGUCGCGAUAAUUGUAAUCUAGAGUCCGGGAUGUUCGUGUGAAUGUUUCCCCGAACCGAAUUGAUUUCGUUCGGAAAAGGGGAGACUUUCAUGGAUUUUUUAUGUGGGACCCGCUAGGAUGGACCAGGACGUGGUAGAUGAAACAGAAGCGUUACAGAGAUUUUUUGAAGGUCAUGAUAUUACCAGCUCUCUGGAACCAGCCAACAUCGACACCAGUAUCCUGGAAGAGUACAUCAGCAAGGAGGACGAUAGUGCUGACAUCUGUUUCUCAGAGGUCCACAGCACCCCAGGACCAAAUUAUUCAUCUCCCCAAGCAGGAGUGUCCUCCUCUGGAGGGUUGGUGUGUGGUGUGAGCCCCCCUAUCCCACUACGCCAAGGAGCCCCUCCACCUGGGCCCCCUAGCUGCCAGAACGCCUACCCCCCAGGUCCAUCGCUGGGCCUCCGACACGGCUACCCCUGUCUGGCACAGCAACAGCAGCAGCAACACCAGCAACAGCAGCAGGCUCACGUCAAACCUGAGCACAGGGGCCAUUACGCUCCAGGGACACUACCUGAGUCACCCCCAGACUCCAGCUCAGAACCGUACUCUCCCCAACAGGUGAAUGAUCCUCACAUGAUCAGGACCAUGACUCCAGAGAACAUGUGCCACAUGACUCCAACACCGCCUCUCCCCCCACACGGGCACUAUCCCAGCAUGCAUCGGGACAUGUACCUGAAGCCUGAGCCCAUGAUAUCACAGUACCCCAUUGGACCGGCUGCAAGCGGAAGUGGAGACAUGCAGCAGACGCAGAUGCUUCAUCAGUUACUUCAGCACCCUCAGGGUCAAGACAGCGUUCCUGUUCAUCAAGCGAAGAAGAGGAAGCACUCUGACUCUCCCAACAGCACCCUGAAUUCCCAAAUCCUCACAGGUAUCAUCAAACAAGAACCAGGUUUAAUGCAGGAUGCAGACAAUGCCUACCUGGACCCAAAUUAUCAGUGCAUUAAGUGGCAACCUCACCAGCAGAACAAGUGGACGCCGCUAUAUGAUGCCAACUGCAAAGAGCUCCCGAUGCCAACCUACCGCGUUGACGCUGACAAAGGCUUCAACUUCUCCUUAGCUGAUGAUGCUUUUGUUUGCCAGAAGAAGAACCAUUUUCAGGUCACGGUAUACAUCGGCAUGCUUGGAGAUCCCAAGUACGUCAAGACAAGCGAAGGACUGCAGCCCAUUGAUUGUUUUUAUCUCAAACUUAAUGGAGUAAAGGUGGAAGCCAUGAAUCAGUCCAUCAGUGUGGAGCAGUCGCAGUCUGACCGCAGCAAGAGACCUUUCAAGCCAGUCCUUGUCACUUUGCCUUCAGAUCAGGUCACUAAGGUCACAGUGGGACGGCUCCAUUUUAGCGAGACCACAGCAAAUAACAUGAGAAAGAAGGGCAAGCCAAACCCUGAUCAGAGGUAUUUCAUGCUGGUGGUGGCGCUCCACGCACAGUCCCACAAUCAGAGCUACACUGUGGCGGCUCAUGUGUCUGAGAGGAUCAUCGUCAGGGCAUCCAACCCAGGCCAGUUUGAAAGCGACAACGAGGUGCUGUGGCAGCGCGGACAACUGCCAGACUCCGUUUACCACCACGGGAGAGUCGGUGUCAAUACAGACAGACCGGACGAGGCCCUCGUUGUCCAUGGCAACCUGAAGGUCAUGGGCUCCCUUGUGCAUCCAUCUGACAUCAGGGCCAAAGAAAAUGUCCAGGAGGUCGACACCACAGACAAUUUAAAACGGAUUUCUCAGAUGAGGCUGGUCCAUUAUCAAUACAAGCCUGAGUUUGCUGCCACCGUGGGCAUAGAGAACACUGCAGAGACUGGAGUGAUCGCUCAAGAGGUUCAACAAAUUUUGCCUGAGGCAGUGAAAGAGGGGGGUGAUGUGGUGUGUGCAAAUGGGGAAACUAUUCCCAACCUAUUAGUUGUCAACAAGGAGCGUAUCUUUAUGGAGAAUGUCGGAGCGGUGAAGGAGCUGUGUAAGCUGACGGACAACCUGGAGACUCGUAUCGAUGAGCUGGAGCGUUGGAGCCGCAAACUGGCCAAACUGCGUCGCCUUGACAGCAUGAAGAGCACCGUGAGCGGGGGCACGGUCAGCCAGUCAGGAAGUUAUUUUAGCAGGACAGGAAGUGGCCCACUAAAGAAAAAGACAGUCAAACCAGGAAGCAAGAAUUUACCUCCAGAUCAGGGCUGCAUCAGUCAGAAGUUCAUGCAGGGAACCAUCCUGGCACUGGUUGUGGUCAUGGCUUUCAGUGUCAUUUCCAUGUCUGUGCUUUAUGUACUCACUCUUCACCACAGAGGGGAUGUCACAGAGAAAGAUGGGCCAAGAGCUGAAGUGGGAUCCUCCCGCAAGGGUCCAGAUACUCCAUUGUCCACUACCCUUGCACCAGCUUGCUGUUCAACCACAGCCAUAAACAACCAAUCAGCUACUGUUUCAACAAUGAGUAACAACCAAUCCACACCAGCUUUUAGCAGCCUAGUUCCUACACCCGGCCUGAUUAACAAGAAGGCCAAGUCCAGACUAAUGGACAAAGAUCACAACAGAAACCGUCUGAGUCACACAUCAGCACCCAUUUAUUUUGCCAAGUCCAAAAGGCCCAGCCCUGAAGAGACGGAUGGAGUGGGAGCCAUCAACCGUCUUCCUGGUGGGCAGCAUCCACUGCCACGCAGACAACGCAGCCUGCACACAAAGGGAGUGAAAUCAGUUCCUUCUCUCACUAGCUUAUAUAUCAUGGAGACAAACCAAGAAAUCAAAGCGCAAAACUGUGCAACAGCAGAAAGCUGCAGCUACACGGUAUCACUUCAUGGAAAAAGAAAUUCCUCCAUGUCACAAAUCACUUUGCACAUGACGUCUACAAACAGCGUGUGGGUACGACAAUGUGGAGCCACCAAGGGACGUUUAUGCCCCAACCACACAGAAACACAGCUCUAUAAUGAACAGAGUACAUCAACAAAGGGGACUCGUCACUUGUGGUCGGUGCCUGUGCUGCCUUACCAAGACAUCACCUAUCACUUUCGUGUCUCCCUGUCUAGUGACAGAGUGAGCUGUGACACUGAAGGAAAAUCUGCACCAUACUCUGACUACCAUUUUCUCAUAGAAAGCAGCUGCGUGUGAGGAAGCAGAUGAUGCAUCCCAGUCCCUUUACAGUAUACCAUAUUUUUCAAUUUGUAUGCGGUUAUGAUGGGAUCAAGCUUUGUCUAAUUAUUGUACAUUAUUUUAAAGAUAUUCAAACAGAGCAAACGAUUUACUGUACCACCACUGUAGUCCCUUUCAUAUGUAUAUGCAUUAAGACAUCUCCUUUUGCUGUGAUCACUGGAGUUUGAAACACUGUAUAUGUCUUUUUUUUCUGUCACUGGAAAUGUUGAUGACUGACUCUGAAAACUGUGUCGUACCACUGUUAACUGCUAAUGUAAAAGUAACGCACUUAGUUCAUAGCUCAACAAUUUUUAUUUUUUAAAUUUGUUACUCAUCACUAUGUCUUCCAUUCCUAAUAUAAACCGUAACAUUGUUUUUAGCAGAAUUUUCUAAAUCAAGUCCAGGCUACGAUGUUACAACAGAAGGCACUGCAAACAUACACUAUGAAUCUGUAUAUACAACAAAACCAGUCACAACUGGUUUGGAAGAAUACUUCUCAAUACUUUUAUACACUGGAGAGGAGAUCACUGGCUUCUGCUGAAGGCCACGGUAAAUGGUUGCAGCUAGCACUGAAAAGAUACCUCAGUAGUGCACAGUGUCUGCAGUGGAGCUUUGUGCUGAGUCUGCAGCAGUCAGCUGUACUGCCUAUCCUAAUUCAGCCCCUGACUAAAAUCCGUGCACAGAGGUGUGCACACUCUGCAGCAUUUCUGUCUCAAUCGUGACACUGAAUUAAACACGAAGUUGUUACAUGUUAAUGCAUAUUACUACACAGAAACUGCUUCUUAAAUGCAUUAAAAAAACACCUCAAAACCUCUGAGCUGUGCACAUUGUAGCAGAUUCCUUAGAGGAUAUAUGUUAAGACUGGAAAGCAAACAAAUCACAGGAAAUUAACACGAUGCACUGAGAGCUCGCUGAGUCCAACACUGACAAUAUUUCAAGAAACACUGGAAUAGCUUACACUGUAUCUUGCUAACUGGACAAUGCUGGUAAGGCAAUAAAUAUGAAUAUGAAAUAUGUCAUUUCAUGUGCAUGCCCAAUCAAUUUCUCUAAAACGGUACAUUGUAGCUGAGAUGCUGCUCCAGCUUGGAAGUUCUUGUCUUAAUGCCUUGAUCACAAACCUACAAGGAAAUUACACACAUAUAAAACUGGAUUCUAUACACUGGACUCUUUCCUCUGUUUUUCUGGAUGUAUUUGAAAACAAUUUUUCCUUUGCUUAUACAGCUAAGUAUAUGCAGUGAUAACAUGUUUGAUAUAACUGAUUUGUAUUAUGUUUUCUUUUUGUAUUAGCUUCUCUUGUCUCAAAGGAAAUCUCCAUUUAACUUCAGACGUUGUGGUUUUGUUGCAUUUACUGAAAUUUGCUUUUCAAUCCUAGUCCCGUAAGUGUCUUUAUUAAGAAAAAAAAAACACAUUUAUAUUAAAUAGGAAAAGCCAUCAGAUAAAGUUUAUGGACUCUGUAAUAAUAUGAAUAUUCUGUACAUGCUUUCGCUAUAAUUAUUAUGACUUCAGUGGGCAUAUGGUACUAUUUUAGCUUAUUUAUAAUUCACCAGCUAGCAUAAUGAAACCACUGUAGCACUUUUUGCACUGUACAUAUAUAUACGAAAAAGGCUUUUGCUGUAUCCAGUGCACCAGACUGGUGUCAGACACUUUGGUAGAACUGGGUUGUUUGUAACUGUAUAGCUUCAUUUUUUGUCACUACCAAUGCUCCUUUUUAUCGGGUGUGUUUUAUCAUAUUGUUGUUUGGUUUUUUUUGUUUGGUUUUUUUUUGUAGUUGAUUUUGAUAUCAAUAAUAUAUUAACUUUCAGCUACUGGAGCCAAGGAAUGAUCGAUAAACAUUAAAACAUGCAUAUAUUAAAAGGCCCAUGUGUAAAGAAAAAGAAAAAAGCAAAAGACUAAAGCUCAAUGACUACAUUAAUAUCACUACUUUUCAUUUUCAAAGCUUUUGUCAAUAAAUAUGCUGUAACACUAUGAAUGCAUGCAGUAAAUAAAUUUACUAUUACAUUUCC